GUCGGGUCCCGGGAACCUAACUCUAAGGAGAGGAGGGGGGCCAUGGAUUUAGGGGGGAGGGGAAAUCCAUGGGGGGUACCCCCCGGAACCCCUUUGCCUGGCGCGCGCUCUGCGCUGGAAGAGGCGCGGAGAGACGCUUUCUACAGGAUCUUACGUGUGGGGGCGGCUGGCUGGGGGGCUUGUCCGGCCCAGCGCCCAAGGCUUGGGAAAAAGAGAGUUGGAGCAGGAAGCGGACUACGUGCAGGGCCAUGGCCUAGGCCCUCCGGCCCGGGCGCCGGCCGCAAUGACCACUUUGCCCUGCCCCCUCCCUGGCCCAGACGCCUCCAAAGUUGUCUUCCCAGACCUCACCCCUGUUGCGUCGGUAGUGGCUGCCUAUCCUCUUGGCCUGUCCCCUACAACCGCAGCCUCCCCUGAUUUGUCCUACUCCACGCCGUAUAGCCACCUCCUAUCCUACCCGUAUACCGGGCCAGCGACCCCCAAGGCCCCCUACCUGUCCUACCAGCAAACCGCGGCGCAUUCUCAGCCCCUCCACGGCCCCGCGGAGCACCCACAGGAACCAGAGGCAGACUCUGAAAAGCCGCUGCUGUCCCGGGAGCCCUCGGAGCGACGCCCGCAGGCCCCGGUCAAGAAGCUGCGCAAGCCAAGGACCAUCUACUCCAGCCUGCAACUGCAGCACCUGAACCAGCGUUUCCAGCACACGCAGUACCUGGCGCUGCCCGAGAGGGCCCAGCUGGCAGCGCAGCUUGGCCUCACCCAGACCCAGGUAAAGAUCUGGUUUCAGAACAAACGCUCUAAGUACAAGAAGCUCCUGAAGCAGAACUUUGGGGGGCAGGAAGGAGACUUCCCUGGGAGGACCCCUUCCGCGUCUCCCUGCUCCCCACCGCUUCCCUCCCUCUGGGAUCUACCCAAGGUGGGAGCCCUGCCCACAGGUGGCUAUGGCAACAGCUUUGGAGCCUGGUAUCAGCAUCACUCCCCAGAUGUGCUGGCUUCACCUCAAAUGAUGUGAGUCUGGGCAAGGGCAGCUUCAGCCCCCAGCCCACCUGCACCUCUCCUGGGCCUGCAGAAAACCAGCUCCACAUGGGUUUUCUCUGGAGAACAAGGAGCUAGAGAAGAAAACAACAGGAUGAGGUGGAGUCCUCUACCCCCACCAAAAGAGCUAAAUCAAGAACCUCAGCCUUAACCACUGCUUCUUACCACUACUAUGGACUGGACACCUUCCCUCCAGCUGGAGAGAGUCAUUGGAUGGGUCUGAGACUGCCACCAGGGUCCUUGGUCUUGCCACUCCCAUCCCUUCCCUCCCCCCCCCCCCAGGCUGCAGCCCCACCACAGCCUGAAGUGAAAACCAACAAGAGUUUUUUUUCUCUCUCUCUUUUUGUCCUUUGCCCAUCUUAUUUGUGGACAAAAGCAGAAGUGGAUGUUCAGUCCCAACUAGCCACUAAUUUUUCCUGGAGGUCAGCCCAUUUCCCUCAUAACUGAUACACUUGUUCACCAUCCUGUGAGGUAGAAAGGAUGCAGGGAACUGUGAAGUUUUGGGACCUGUGGGUAAUUUAUGCUCUCCUCCUAAAUAAGCCCUCUUUUCCCCAUGUCUACCCAGUUUGAGUAGACAAUGGAUCCAAUUAUCCAUAGAAUUCAACAGGUAUUUAUUAAGAGGCUACCCUCUCCUCCACCCCUGCCCCUAAUACCUAACAAAACCACAUGCACACACUCUUGGAAACCCAGUUGGGUAAAACUUGGGGGGACAUAGGCUCUCUGGAUGAGUGCAGGUGUAGACAUCCCCAAAUAGGUAGGGCAGGGCUGGCGAUUCAGUUCUUCAUGGCUGUCUCUGUCCAAAGGAAGUGCUCAGAUUGAUUACCAAUCUGACUAGCAUAACUUAAGCUCUUACCCUCCUUCAUACCACAACC